UCCCACACUUGUGCUCUAUUCCCACAGUGGGACGGGCACAGGGGGUCUGUGCUUUAUAUGAUCUCCAGAAAUUUCUGGAGUGUUUUCUAUAGAGAUACGCUGCCAUUUUUCUCCAUUGCUCAGUAUAUCCCCACUGUCAUACAGACACCAGAGCUGGGCUACAUCUACAGGACCCCCGGGCCACAGAAUAACAGCCCGCUCAUUCAUCUGAAGAGGACAAGACCACAGAAGACUCAACCAAAGACCGUCUCAUAAGUCAGGCGUCAGACAGCAUUGGCGUGGAGUGAUGGGGGACUGGAGUCUCUUGGGUAAUUUUCUGGAGGAGGUGCAGGAGCACUCCACAUCAGUGGGGAAGGUGUGGUUGACCGUGCUCUUCAUCUUCCGUAUCCUGGUGCUGGGCACAGCGGCGGAGUCAUCAUGGGGCGACGAGCAGUCUGACUUCAUGUGUGACACCCUACAACCCGGUUGCACCAACGUCUGUUACGACCGAGCUUUCCCCAUUGCCCAUAUCCGCUACUGGGUGCUGCAGAUCGUUUUCGUAUCAACACCGUCCCUCAUCUACAUGGGCCAUGCCAUGCACACCGUCCGCAUGGAGGAGAAGCGGAAACAGAGGGAGCAGGAGGAGAAGGGUGAGGAGGGCAAAGGAGAGAAGGAAUAUUUGGAACAGAAAGAAAGAUCUGAAGAUGAAAAAAAAAAGAUCCGCCUAAAGGGGGCGCUGCUGCAGACGUACGUCCUGAGCAUCGUGAUCCGCUUGGUCAUGGAAGUCACCUUCAUUGUUAUCCAGUACAUGUUGUAUGGAAUAUUCCUGAAUGCUCUGUAUCCUUGUGAAAUGUCACCUUGUCCCAACCGUGUCAAUUGUUACAUGUCCCGUCCAACUGAGAAAAACGUCUUUAUUGUGUUCAUGCUGGUGGUGGCGGCCGUAUCACUGCUUCUGAGCGUGCUAGAACUGUUCCACCUUGGAUGGAAACAGUGCAAGCAAUGCCUUCGAAAAUAUGCUGACAAACACGCCAACGAUGUCAACAUCAAAACCAACAAAACUGGUUCCAUGGUCCAACACAGCAACACAAGUAUUCCAAUGGAUCUGCCUGCGACGGCUCAGCCACGUCCCUCCCAAACCUGCACCCCACCCCCAGAUUUCAACCAGUGCCUAGCAUCAAGCCAAGGUCCAACAUCACCCCCUCAUCUUCAUCACCACCAUCUUCAUCACAUCCAUCAAUCCUGCCAACCCUUCACCGACCGCCUGGCCCACCAGCAGAACUCCGUCAACAUGGCCACCGAGCGGCAUCAUCACAGCCACGAUGAUCUGGAGCCGGCUGUGGACUUCCUGCAGAUGAGCUACCAGAGCCCCGAGGCUCGAGUCCCGGGUGAGAUGACACCCAGCGCCCCCUCCACACCAUCCUCCCAACCAGGCUGCUUCAGAGACAAGCGUCGGCUUAGCAAGACUAGUGGGACUAGUAGUAACCGAGUCAGACCAGGUGAUCUGGCCGUGUAGGUUGGGUUACAGGGCUGUCCAAGAGAUGAGAAGCUUGGAGUGUGAACUAGCCUUAGGAUGAGAGAUAUGGAUGUUAGAGGUGUGCAUGCUUGUGUGUGUAUGUGUGUGAGUAUUCUUGAGUGCUGGUACUAUAUGGGAUAUUUCAUUUAUUUGGGAUAGGAAAGGCAUGAACAGCACGAAUGGGAGGGUAAUGGGAACGUGUAAGACAGAGAGAGAAUCUGUAUCAGAGCAUUUAAUAUGGUUUCAUUGAAACUGUUGUUGUAAGUGUAUGUAGAUUUUUAUGGAGUGGAUCAAAUAAUCCCGAAUAAAAGGGUGUUGAUGUAUUUAGAUGAAUGGAUGGAUGGAUGAAUGAAAGAUGAAAGGACUACUGAAAUAACUUUGUAACAUUUAUAAGACAGUACUGGGUAGUUUUGCACACUGAUAAGGUUCAAGGUUAUAAGAAACAUAGAUUUGUUUUAUUUUUUGCAACUCAAAACACUCCAAUCAAACACUUUUUUGAGCCAAAAAGCAAUAAAGCACUUAGUAAAGAUCAUUGCAAACAAAAAAAGCAAUAAAAAAUGUGUGAAUGUGUGAUGAUUUUAUUAUGGUUUCUGAAUUUUAUUAGCAAUAAAUGACUACAGAAUUUAUCUGAUUAUGCUACAAAAGUACUACAAUAUGUGUAAAAUAAAUAACAGAAUUCUAUGAAAUAUCCUGAUAUACUUUAUAUUUUGAUCUACCUACCACUGAUGCAAAUAUGUGUUAAUUAUUAACACACAACUUAUUUGUUACAGUAGUAGAGCUAUAAUAAGAUAUCAAAAGAGGAAUUCUCAAUUCAGUUUGAUAUUCAGUUGAUAUGGAAGACUCGGCAAAGGCAAAAAACAAAACAAAAAAAAAACAUAAAACAUACGUAGGUCAAUUGAAAGUGCCUUGAAAACAGUAAAUCAAACAGAAAAGAUGGCAAGAGCAAUCACAGCUUAAGAAAAUAUAAUCAUUUGAUAUAGCAAUAACAAUUGCAUUAAUAGUCUGAAAACAAUUGUUUCUGUUAAUGGUAAGCAGGGUUUGUAUUUAUCAAAGCAUGCACUUUCAAUGAUGUCUGCUCAAAUGUAUGUUCACUAAUGUCAUCUUAUCUCAAGUGUCAAUGAAAUUAUCUGUCAGUGUUCCAUUCAGAAAGAUGAUUUACUGUCACUGACCUUUCUAAACAUUGUUUAGUCUUCUCACGUAGUAAUCUCUAAUUCUGUUUCCACACAGUCUCUCCUCUGAUCUGUUUACAGCACACAAUAAAAAAUGU